UUUUGGAGACAUGAGCAAUAGGCGGCGCUCUACCGGAACUUACUAAGGUGAGGCGGAACUGACAGGUAGGACACCGAAGAGAAGACUUUAUACCGGCCAGAAACAAGCCUAUACUCUUUCGCUGUCGCUAUGUCUUGGGAUUCUUACAUUGACAACCUUCGCGCCUACAGUAAGGACAACGGCGGAGGAAUCAACGCUGACCGCGCAUGUAUCAUUGGUCUGGAAGGUGGUGCCAAAUGGACAACGGACGGACAUCCAAACGCCUUCAAAUUAGAACAGCAGGAGUGUGCUGACAUUGCUUCUGCUUUUAAAAGCAGGGAUUUCUUAGCAUUCCAAUCCAAUGGAAUAUACGUAGAGGGAACGAAAUACCAGUUUCUGAGAGAAGAGGACGGUAAAACAGUCAUGGCGAAAAAGAAAGACCAGGGAUCUAUGACGUUACAGGCUUCUAAAACUGCUGUGGUGAUCGGCCAUUGUCCAGAGGGCGGUCAACAAGGUAAUCUCAACAAAGCUGUGAUGGCCAUAGCAGAAUAUCUUGAGAGUAUGAACAUGUGACGUCAUAGAACUCCAACAUAUAAACUGCUUCAUUGCGAACGUAAAAACAAUAAGGAGGGAAUUGUAAAAGCCAUUGGUAGAUUUUCAUACGAACUCAAGAACGUCAACUGAAGCAUUAAAUCCAAUUAAAACCUGCGAUUGGAUAAAAUUAUCACGUGAUAUACACUCGCCGAUUUUCUAUGGAUGGACCAACAUAUUAGUGUAUUAUUGUAUAAGGUAUGGAACAUCGCGACCAAUCAAAUUCUACUAUUCAAAAAGACAUGUGAUCAUAUGAAGUCCUCUUAUUAAUAUACGACCAAUCAAAAGCCGCAGCACAAAGAUUGGAAUGACGUCAUUGACAAUAUAUUUAUAACUGACACAUGUGACCAACACUAGACCCUUUGCACCAUGGGUAAUUUUAAAAGCAUGCCGAAACCUAGCGGAAUCUCCCAUCGGAAAUAUUAUUACGAACGACAUACCAAUGCCCAUCACAACUUCAGCAGAAAAAUGUCCACAUUGACCUUUUUGUGAUCAUAUGGAUUGUAUUCUGUAUGGAAUCGGAGCUUUUAAAAUGGCUCAUAUCUUAGGACGUCUUUAAUGAUAUGCUUCUCUCAGUCAAUCUGUAUUUAUCCGAAUGUCGCGUUAAACCAUAUUAGUUUGAUAAACUAAUAUGAACAUAGAAAUAUUUUUGUCGUUUUCAACAUAUAGUGCAAUCAUCUUGUAGUAUCUCUUGUAGAAAUAUAGGUAUUCAUAAUGAAUGUAGCACAUUUACGGAAACUGUUAGAUUAUGUAAGAGUCGCAAUCAAAAUUUAUAUAACACUUGUAUUGAGUUAUAUAUGAUGAUGCCCUGUGGAUCGAUUUUCAGUGAAGGGCACCUGCCUUGUGAAACAUUGCUGUUUUACUGCAGGACACGUGACUUACGAGUCUGGUGAUCAUUCCUCAAUUUUAUUAUUGGCAGGGUUUCUCAACUAUAGGAACUACGUGUAUAUGUAAUUAGUAACGGAAUGUAAUAAAUGCAAACACCUCGGCAAAUUCCGACAAAGAUCGUUACGAUUUCGUAGCUUUCCGGAAUUUUCCGAAAUGUUCCAAUUACCUUUGUCUAACAAAUAGGUUGCAUCAUUCAUAUUGAUACCAUUUAUAAAAGAACUUUAUUAUAAAGAGAAAAAAACACCUGAAAGAAGUCAGAACAUUUUUUCGGCAACCACCUUAUCGACAAUUUCUCCCAGAUUGCAUUGCAGUCUCCUCUAGCGUAGCACAAGGAACCCAAAAUCGGUACUUUUCGCACUUUUCCGUUAUUUCACGGAAAUUGCCGAGCAUGGUCCGAUGGAGGAAACCAUGGGAGAAAUUGGCUUAUUCAUAACAUCAACAUAGAUCUAUAUUAUCUUGCAUGACGCACUUACAAAUUUAGAUAGUUUGAGAUUCGUUUCGCUUCUAAUGGUAGAUAUCUAAAACGACGUAUGCAUGUGUUAGCGCGUGAAUCUGCUGGUCAGUGUUGUGCAAUUGUCAGUCUUGAGGUCAGUAGGGGUCAAGGCCAAGGUCACUUAAUUGGGUGUAGAGCAUACGAUACACAGUGAUAAGUUUUGCUUUCAAGAAAUAAAAUAAAACAAUCGAUGAGAGAAAAAUA